AUGCAAACCUCCCUGCAGUUGGAAGCAGCCGGAAAACUGCAACUAGCAGUAGAAUCAGCGGCAAGCCCUGCUGCUACUGGAAACAUUAAUUGCCGCAAAUUUCGCCUUUUUAUCAAAGACAGAAAAACAGGAAUCAAAUUUCUUAUUGACAGUGGAGCAGAUAUCAGCUUGAUUCCAGCUGAUACGAAAUCUAAAAGUACCUGCACUUCAUACAAGCUAUACGCAGCUAACGGAACUGAAAUCCCAACGUUUGGAAGUAAGGUGUUGACCGUGGACCUCGGACUACGUCGCCCAUUCCAAUGGCCAUUUGUUGUAGCAAAAGUAAACAGAGGCAUUUUAGGUGCCGAUUUUCUGAAUCAGUUUCACUUACUGCUUGACAUUCGCCAGAGAAAAUUAAUUGAUGGUGUGACAAAUAUGUUUGUACAUAGUGAUGUAAUGUCAGUAACUGAAAAUACUGCGAUUAGCACAGUGAGCAAUUCUGUAAAAUUCUCUGAGCUGUUGCGAAAGUACCCUGGUAUUACGAAGCCCAAUUUAUUGAACACCAAAGUGAAACAUAAGGUCCAGCACUAUAUUGCUACAAAAGGACAGCCAGUUUACUCUCGUGCUCGGCAGCUUGAUGCUAAGAAACUGAAUUUGGCAAAGCAGGAGUUUCAAUUCAUGUUAGACAAUGGUAUAAUCAGGCCAUCUAAAUCACAGUAG